CCAUGGUGUGUGACUAUGGAAACUUAAGCUUCUCCAUUUUAGACUCUUGCUUCAGCAUAGCCACAGGCCAUUGCAACCCUUUUUGCUUUGCGCUUUCAGGGUGUUUGAGGAGAGUUCGGAGUGAGAUUGGGGUGCUUGAAUGAUGGAAUCUAGUUUGGUUUCCAGACUUUUACUUGCAUUUUGCUGGGUUUUGUUUUUGGGUUCUCAAGUGAGCCACUGCAACGUGAGCUACGAUAGGAAGGCGUUACUGAUCAAUGGGCAGAGAAGAAUCCUCUUUUCUGGGUCAAUUCAUUACCCCAGAAGCACCCCUGAGAUGUGGGAAGAUCUGAUACAGAAGGGGAGAGAUGGAGGACUGGAUGUGAUUGAGACUUAUGUUUUCUGGAAUGUUCACGAGCCUUCUCCCGGAAAUUACAAUUUUGAAGGGAGAUAUGAUUUAGUAAGGUUCAUAAAGACAAUACAGAAAGCAGGACUCUAUGCUCAUCUUCGCAUUGGCCCCUAUGUUUGUGCAGAGUGGAAUUUUGGGGGCUUUCCUGUGUGGCUAAAGUAUGUGCCAGGCAUCAGCUUCAGAACAGACAAUGAGCCUUUCAAGAUAAACACCUGCAAUGGUUUCUACUGUCAUCAAUUCACCCCCAACAAACCUUACAAGCCAACAAUUUGGACAGAGGCUUGGAGUGGAUGGUUCACGGAGUUUGGCGGUCCAAUUCACCAGCGGCCAGUGGAAGAUUUGGCAUUUGCUGUUGCUCGAUUCAUACAAAGUGGAGGAUCCUUUGUUAACUACUACAUGUACCAUGGAGGAACCAAUUUUGGACGUACAGCUGGAGGUCCUUUCAUCACCACAAGCUAUGAUUAUGAUGCUCCAUUAGAUGAAUAUGGCUUGAUCCGGCAGCCAAAGUAUGGUCAUCUAAAGGAGCUUCAUAAGUCUAUUAAGAUGUGUGAGCGGGCUUUGGUUUCAGCAGAUCCAAUUGUUACUUCACUAGGGAGCUCCCAACAGGCAUAUGUAUACAGUUCUGAAUCAGGAGGUUGUGCAGCUUUUCUGUCCAACUAUGAUACAAAUUCUGCUGCAAGAGUGUUAUUCAACAACAUGCACUAUAACUUGCCUCCUUGGUCAAUCAGCAUCCUUCCUGAUUGCAGAAAUGUAGUCUUUAAUACUGCUAAGAUUGGAGUUCAGACAUCACAAAUGCAGAUGUUGCCAACAAAUGCUGAGAUCUUCUCAUGGGAGAGUUAUGAUGAAGAUACUUCUUCUCUAGAUGACAGCUCAACAAUGACUGCUCUUGGUCUCUUGGAGCAGAUAAAUGUCACAAGAGACACGAGUGAUUACCUGUGGUACAUUACUAGUGUUGAUAUUGGUUCAUCCGAGUCAUUUCUACAUGGAGGGGAACUCCCAACUCUCAUUGUUCAAUCAACAGGCCACGCUUUGCAUGUCUUCAUUAAUGGGCAGCUGUCAGGAUCUGCCCAUGGUACAAGAGAAAAUAGGAGAUUUACAUAUACUGGGAAGGUCAAUCUGCAUGCUGGAACCAAUAGAAUUGCACUGCUGAGUGUUGCUGUUGGAUUGCAGAAUGUUGGUGGGCAUUUUGAGACAUGGAGCACAGGAAUCCUGGGUCCUGUUGCACUUCAUGGACUUGACCAGGGAAAAUGGGAUCUAUCCUGGGCAAAAUGGACCUACCAGGUUGGGCUUAAAGGAGAGGCAAUGAAUCUUGUUUCUCCAAAUGGAAUUUCUUCUGUUGAGUGGAUGGAGGGAUCAUUGGCUGCACAGAGGCCACAGCCAUUGAGAUGGCAUAAGGCUUAUUUCAAUGCACCUGAGGGAGAUGAACCAUUGGCUUUGGACAUGGAUGGUAUGGGAAAGGGUCAAAUAUGGAUUAAUGGGCAAAGUAUAGGCAGAUAUUGGACUGCAUAUGCAAAUGGUGACUGCAAUGGCUGUAGCUAUGCUGGGGCAUUCCGACCACCCAAGUGUCAGCUUGGUUGUGGCCAACCAACCCAACGAUGGUAUCAUGUUCCGAGGUCUUGGUUGAAACCAACACAAAAUCUAUUGGUAAUUUUUGAGGAACUUGGAGGGAAUCCGUCAAGAAUCUCUCUUGUGAAAAGAUCUGUGGCCAGUGUUUGUGCUGAGGUCUCUGAGUAUCACCCAACAAUUAAGAACUGGCACAUUGAAAGCAAUGGAAAGGCAGAAGAGGUACACAGACCUAAGGUUCACUUGCACUGUAGUCCUGGUCAGGCCAUUUCUUCCAUUAAAUUCGCAAGCUUUGGAACACCUUUGGGAACUUGUGGUAGCUACCAGCAAGGGACUUGUCAUGCUCCUGCCUCAUAUGACAUCUUAGAGAGGAAUUGCAUAGGGAAGCAGAGAUGUGCAGUUGCCAUAGCCAAUAGUAACUUUGGGCAAGACCCAUGUCCUAAUGUGCUGAAAAAGUUGUCAGUCGAAGCUGUUUGUGCUCCUCUAACUUCUACAACUGAGCAAUCGAACUGGAGGGGUUAAUUACAUUGAAAAGUAGAUAAAACCACUCCUAAGUUAAUCCCAUCUGGUAAUUUUACCAUACAUCAUCAGCAUUGCAAGUGAGAAGGCAAAAGUAAAAGGAGUAUAGAUGAAAGGUUUUCUGUUAGAUUAGGAUGAGUUCUGUAGCCUUCCAAAUAGAGAACUGUGUGGCCAAGAGUGUUUAGUUCUAUAGGCAGUGAUUUUAAGUUAAUUUUAAUUUGAGUGAGGUUAGUAGACUAAUGUAAAUUAGUGAUUGUAUGAUAGAUGAGUGUUUUAACACUUGGGUUUCUGCAAUUUAGAUCCCAGGGUGAGUUCAGGCUCGUGUUGCACUCCCCGGCCUUUUAACCGGAUGUUGACACAGGCCACUGGAAAAAGGGAGAUGAUUUGUAUUGGUGUGCAUUUUUCCUUUGUAGCUGUAUUUGUGGGAAAAAAAUGUUGGGAGCAAAUCCUAGUAUGACCGAUUGUUUAAAUGAAAAUUGAAGAGUUGA